AUGCAUCAGCUCAUAAGGGAGCAGAUGGACGCGGCUGUGGCGGCCGGGUUCACAGUCAUGCGCGCAUGGAGCCAUGGGGUCACCCAAAACUACGCCCUGCAGACAUCUCCGGGGGUCUACAAUGAAGCCAUGUUCAGGGGGCUUGACUUUGCGCUGGAUGAGGCGCGCCAGCGCAAUGUCAAGGUCCUCCUGGCAUUUGUGGACAACUGGCAGAGCACUGGGGGUGUGGAUGAGUAUGUUAAGUGGACAGGCGACUCCACAAAGACCCAUAAAGAUUUCUACACUGACCCCGUCAUCAUGGGCUGGCGCGUCCCUGAGUACAAGGACUAUGUGAAGACUGUCAUCAAUCGCGUGAACACGAUCAAUGGGCGAAGCUAUGGAAAUGAUCCCACCAUCUUUGCAUGGGACUUGUUGAAUGAAGCGCGCUGCCAGAAGUGUGCCAAUAACACCAUUGCGAAAUGGGUGGAGGAGAUGGCUCCCUAUGUGAAGAGCCUGGAUCCCAACCACCUCCUCACCCUUGGAGAAGAAGGGUUCUAUUCCACGUCCACCCGCCGGCUCUCCACAAACCCUGGAGCUGAGAAUGGCGCAACCUGGCCUUCCGAGGAGGGACAGGAUUUCAUUGCUGACCACGCCUCGCCCUCCAUUGACUUUGCCACCAUCCACUCCUGGAUUGACAACUGGCAGGAUGUGGAUGAGGACUUCCAACGCUGGUGGAUUCGAACUCAUGUUCAAGUUGCAUGGGCCACCCUGAAGAAACCGCUCAUCUUGGAGGAGUUUGGCAAGUGGUUGAACAGCACUGUGAAUGCUACAAUGGAGCAGCGAGACAAGUACUUUGGCAUUGUCUACGAUGAGUGUGAGAACAACAUCGAUCUUCCCGGCUCCUCACUGAAGGGAGUGGGCUUCUGGGAAUGGUUUGCCGAGGGUCAACAGGGGCCGACAAGCGAGGGGGGAGGCCAGGGUCUCUAUGGUAUCUACGAGUCAGACGCCACCUUCAAGCUCAUCAAGCAGAACGUGGCGUUCCUGAACAGCAAAUCCGCUCCCUCGCCUGAUGGCUGCAAGCCCAAAACUGCGCCGCCUGUUCCUGGCACUGGCAACAGCACCUGCAUCAACACUGAUGGCGGGUUCACCUGCCAGUGCUGGAGGGGGUUCACAGGGGACGGUACCAAGUGCGAUGCAACGCCGGCAGUGGCCCAGCUGGAGAGCGCCUACUCCACAGAAGCAACCCAGGGGCCGCUCAUCUGCGAUAUCAAGUACCCCCAGAUUGCACCCGGCUUUGUGUACGACCCCACCGGCUCCAUCCAGAAGAACGCCUUCAAGAAUGGCAAGCAGGACGGUGUGGGCAACAGCGCUCCCAUUCUGAGCCUGACACAGUGCCUGAUUGCCUGCGAAUCCGCACCCGGCUGCAGCGCGGUCGUGUACAGCCCUGACGACCAGAAUUGCUUCCUCAAGGGGUGCCCCUCCGAGUACGCAGUCAGCUGCCCGGUGCCGCCGACGUCGGGAUCCCCCGGUGGGCCUGGGGGGCCCACCCAGGCCCCUCCCUCGCCACCGUCGCCCCCCGCCGCUCCGUGCACGCUGCAGCCCUGGCAGUACAACUAUGCUUGCACCUUCGUCCAGAACAAUCCGGACGUCAUGCUGGCUCCGGCGCCAAACAGCAAGGUCAUUCCCAAGUACUCAGCCGGCGCUGGCAACAAUGUGUCCAGCAUGUCAACGCUGCCUGGCACCCUGGCAGGGCUGGCACCGGAUGCAGCACCAGCAAGCCAGCAGCCUGCACUAGUGGAGCCCCCAAAGAGUCCCCCACCGCCGCCCACCGCACCGCCGCCGAGUGCCCCACCGCCCGCAGCAGGGGUCCUCCCCAGCAGCACCAUCGCAUCAGCGCUGACCGGUACUCAGGCCGCAACGCCGCCAAUUGCUGCGGCUGCGCCCGCUGCCGAGACAACCGGAGCGCCUCCGACGCUGGGAGCGGGAAUCUCUAGUGUCAAGAGUGCGACGCCGCCUGCAGCGGGGACAGUAGAGCUGCCCGCAAAUCCCAGCCCAGAGGUCAGACAGCAGUCGAUUUCGGCUGGCAAGUGAAUUUUUGAUCUGCCGCAUGGUUGUUUGGGACAUUGCCAACUUAUACGGGACAUGCUUCAGAGAGCACGCAUGACAUGCGAAACAGCAAUUUUGCCCUUGUGUGGACUCCACACUGGACUCCAGUGUGCAGUGAGCAAUUGCGGACAUACACGCCAGUCCUCAUAGCAUUGUCAGCUUUAAACGGCAUCAGCAUGUGCAUUGUCCUCUCUUUGCUGCCCAUUCCCACUUUCUGCCCUGAUUUUGGCAUGUCAAGACAUGUCCAGGCUUGUUGCCCUCCGGCUAAAACAAUGAUGGAGGGUGAAGCAAAAAAGAUGAUAAUGUUGUGAACAUGUCAUUAGGAGAUGCAGACAAGAAGCUCAAAAUGAUGUCUGAUGAGGGAACUUGGCAAUUCUGCUUUGGAACUAUUUUGUGAGGGCAAUCCCUUCCAGAGAGUCGGUGAAUGUGCGUCGCUUACACACAUGUGAUCCAAGAAUUAGUUGCCAGAGCAGCUGCAGAUUUGCAGAUCAUCAAAUCAGCCUGGUUGGCUGGCAAAGAUGUAAUGUUUGUCUCAAGUC